GAGUGAAAGUAAAGGGGAAGCGAAGAGUGGAAAUAUAUGAAUGAUCACCAGAUGUGGGGCAUUACUUGUUGUUGAUUGUGUCAGCCACCCCAACACAGCCACAUUCGAAAGAUCAUGUUUAACAGCCUCAAUUUCCAAAAUUAUCAUCAUUUUCCGACAGUAAUCAAGCAAAACCUUCGUAAGUGAUUUCAUAUGAAAUGGCUCUCAGUAAUAUUCUAACAUCGAAUCAGAUAACCCUAUUCAAAUCAUGAUACUCAAACCUUUCAUCGCAUCGUAAGGAGUAAAUCAAAGCCACAUCUUACAAACACCAAGGUGUCCUCAUGGCUGGCGCCAUUUCCACUCUCCUAGUGGGAGUCCUCACUGCCAUAGGAACAAACCUUGGUUCAAAUGAAGGCUUAAAUAUAAGGAUUGCCAUUGCGGUUCCUCUAUCCGUGGCUUGUUUUGCAAGUCUUUGGGAAUAUCAGGUGACCAAGGUUGUCCCUGAGCCUUAUUUGGUAUGUUCCUCUUCAGCAUUACCUCGGUUUGAAUUUGAUAUAGUUGCUCACGAAAUCUAGGAUGAAGUGUUUCAUAUACCUCAAGCUCAAGCAUAUUGUAGAUGGGAUUAUGGGAUUUGGGAUCCAAAACUCACUACUCCGCCUGGAUUGUAUGUCCUUUGAGACUAUAUAUCAUGAUGAACAAAAUCACUAAUCGAAUAUAGGUAUUGGUGGAGUCACUUUUUGAGUAUAGUCUCUGGUUUUACAAUAUGCGAUGUACAUUUUCUUCGAAUAACAAAUGUGAUUGCCCUCACAUUCAUUAUGAUGCUCGCCUGGGAAUGUCGCAAUCUUAUUAUUCGAGCCGGAGUUGCAAACCGCAUAGAUCAAGCCCCUAAGUUGAGAUCUGUGGAUUCAUUACAUACCGCUGUAAACAUCGCCUUAUUUCCCCCUCUCUUUUUCUUCUCUGGAUUGUAUUAUACAGAUGUACUAUCUACUUGUGUAGUUUUAUAUCUGUAUAAACAAUUUCUUGAGCAAGCAGAAAUGAAGAAACUUGAGAAGCCGAAGAGAAAUGGGGCAUGGUUUUAUCUUUGUGGUAUAUUGGCUUUAUGUAUGAGACAGACAAAUAUAUUUUGGGUUGCCAUAUUCCUAGGAGGAAUGGAAGCUAUAAGGACGAUGAAGGAGACAUAUCGCCUUAAUGUUCCUUCUUUUAAGGAUCCUCAAGCACCAUCACAGGAGGAGUUGAAAGAAUUCUGUGAUCUUGCAAAAUUGGAGCAUCCACAUGAUCCACCUAUCCAUGCUGCUAGUCUUGAAGGUAAUUGCUCAAUAUAUUCAGCUUUCCCGACCGAUUUGAUGCACAUUACCUUUUACAAUAGAGCUAACACCUCCAGAUCUUCUCCUCACACCUCUUUCCAUCCUUUGGACUGCCAUAGAUCGUCUCCCAACUAUCCUCCUCCGCUUAAUUCCCCACAUCUUACUUCUCAUUACCUUCGGCAUAUUCGUCUUCAUCAACGGUGGUGUCGUCCUAGGCGAUAAAUCAAACCACGUUGCCACCAUACAUCUCCCACAACUCCUUUACCUCUGGCCUUUCAUCACCUUCUUUUCUUUCCCACUACUACUCCCAGCUUUCUUCUCAUUCCUCUCAUCUUCCAUCGACAAUCUUCUCCAUCCAUCCAAAUUCCUCACCUCCCCUCUCAACACUCAACUUCGCGCUUUUGUAACUCUUGGCCUCCUGCUAGCCUCGUUACUCGCAUCCCUCGUAAUCAUAAAAUACAACACGAUAAUUCAUCCAUUCACCCUAGCCGACAACAGACACUACAUAUUCUACGUAUUCCGAUACACGAUCCUACGACACCCGGUAAUCCGCUAUCUCCUCGCUCCUAUCUACAUUUUCUGUUUCUAUCUGAUUGUUAGAACUCUCUCGGGAUCCUCAUCGUCAUCUACCCUCGACUCAUUAAAUCAAAACCCCAUUUCCCCGGAAAUGCAACAUCUCCACUUCCUCGCCUCAUUCGAAAACCCAAUGCGAAAAGACGCUUCAUUUCAUCUCCUACGGGUUCACGAUGAAAAGUAUAAGCUAAAACCCAACCACGAAUUACCCCCGCCAUCUUCACCACCACCACCACCAUCUUCAUCAACCGACCGCAACCCCACCACCCCAUCAGAACCGAACACAAACCUCCCCACCACCCCCUCUCAACCUCCUCCUCCUCCUAACCACAACCCUCUCCCUCAUAACCGCCCCUCUCGUCGAACCCCGCUACUUCAUCCUUCCUUUCAUAUUCCUACGUUUACACAUCCCUACUUUCCCUUCAUUCCCAUCUCACUCAUCCACCUUAGCCCCAGCUCCAGCAUCCGAAUCUCCCUCCGAUGCAGAAACUAAACCCAGGCAUCCCAUACAAAACUUCAAAGAAGCGAAAGAGCGUUUAUACUCAUAUAAAUAUAUAUACAAAUACAUAUACAUAUACAUAGAAACCAUCUGGUAUCUACUCAUAAAUAUAAUCACGGGGUAUAUAUUUUUAUAUCGCGGGUUUGAAUGGGUGCAGGAGGAGGGGAGAGUGCAGAGAUUUAUGUGGUGAGUUGGGUUGGGGUUUUGACUUUUUUGACGAGGGAUUGAUCGAUAUUGUGCGGAGACAAAAGAGGAGAGGAGGGAUUUGAAUUUCAAUUUUGAAUUUUUGAUUUUCGGGUUGCGGACAGAGGUGAGGUGAUAGGGGGAUAUUUAUUUAUUAGA